ACGAUCACCGCUGACGGCCGAGGGGAGAAAUGACUAUUCUCAAAGCCGGAGCGCUCAUCUCGCUACUUCUGAUCGCCGAUAUCUACUGUCUCGCUAAUAAAAGAAGGAACAAUCGAUUUCUGAGGAAUUUCGAUCAGCCAGAGAAAGAAGAAAAUAUCGAAAAUGCGAUCGACUCGCACGGACAGAUGAGAUUCUUCGAUGAACUUGGAUUUGACAAAUGUAUCCUCGAAGUGACAAGGCGGAAGUCAAAGUCGAUCAUGAAGAUCGUGCUCGGGAUGCUCCUGAUGACCGUGGCGAGCGCUUUCGAUCACCAUGACACCUAUUCGUGGAAACGCAGGGAGGAUUACAAGAUCACGACUGCGAGCCGAGCGAUCGUGCCGGUCAAAGUUAAAGAAACUCGUCUGCAGCGAUCCGAUACGUAUCGAUCGAGAUCGUCGAACUCGCGCGAGGACAACGUUCUCCAAAACUCGGCGAGAAGUUUCGCGGUGGCCGACGAUUCGGACGAGCAUCACGAGCUCUGGAAACCGGAAGCCGCCAGGACGCGACCGGACCUGACGCGCGAGAAUCGAGCCAUCGAGAGCACCCUGAAGAACGUGAUAGGCAGACCAGCCAAGGUCGAACAGUAUCAGUACUUUUCGAACUUUCCAUACGGCGGUGAUGGAUCCACCGACGCCAUAUUGGAGAACGCGGAUCAUCCGACGAAGAGCUCGGUGUUCUCCACAGAUACUCAAGAUCACUUCCUGAGUCAUAAUGCGGAAGAGAUGGAUUGGAGCGGGCAGGAGGUAUUCGAAAAGGACCCGCAGAAUGAAGAGGAAGAGGAAACAAGUCUCCAGGAGUUACUGAACGAAAUGAGACGAAAGAGGUUAAAUGGAGUAUUCGAGGAAACGGUAGACGGACAUCGACAGGGCAGAGGGAGGAAGCUGACCAGCCAGCAGCAAGGUGCCUUGCUCGUGGAGACGCUCAGGAAGAAGCGAAACUACACCAACGAUCAUCGGGGACACAGCUCCAAUCUCCAGAGCGGCCUUAUGGAUAUGUUGGGCAGAAUGAUACCGCAAACGUGCAAGUACAAAGGUGCCAAGUUCGAGUGUGGCCUCAGCAUCAGCUGCGUUCUAGGCGGCGGUCGACCUGUCGAUCUCUGUUCCGGUGGUUUAAUAUGGAGCUGCUGCGUGGACGACGAGGACAUACCCGAACAACCACGACCGACCCCGGGUUUGCUGCAGAAUGCCACGUUUUCCAUAAAUCUCGGGCACCAACAGCCAUACGUGGACGACGACGUGCACAUUUACAGCAGCGCGGUAAGGCCCGGCAGGCCCGGCAGGCCCUCGCACAGCCACGAGGCCCAUCGGCCCACGUACGUGGGUGGCGUCAGUAAUCCGCUAAGUCUUUACGAGCCACCUUACGCGAUCUGGAGCCACGACGGACCGAACGAUCUCGCGGUCGGCCACGACCGGCCGACGUACGCUACUCGUCCGCCGCAUCACACGGUUCAGGAAUAUCCGCAGGACGAGUACGACGGUGGAGGCUAUCGGCCCGCCGCUUCCGGCGGGCCGAUCGAGGACUCGUCCAACGCCAUGGACUACUCCAGAUAUCGUGGCUGUGGCGAGCUCUACACGAGGAGCAACAGGAUCGUAGGUGGACACUCGUCCAGUUUCGGCAGUCAUCCGUGGCAGGCCGCCAUUAUCAAGUCGGGAUUCUUACAGACCAAGAAACUGUCUUGCGGCGGCGCCUUGCUGAACAACCGAUGGGUGGUCACCGCGGCACACUGUGUCGCGACGACACCGAAUAGCAAUUUGAAAGUUCGACUCGGGGAAUGGGACGUUCGAGACCAGACAGAACGGCUGCUCCAUGAAGAAUUUAAUAUCGAGAGAAAAGAGAUACACCCGCAAUACUCCCCUACCGACUUUCGAAAUGACGUGGCUUUGGUGAAGCUGUCCCGGAUGGUAGCUUUCAAGCAGCACAUCGUCCCGGUUUGCCUGCCGGCGAGGAAUUUGAAGCUCUCCGGCCGAACCGCAACCGUCGCUGGUUGGGGACGAACCAGGCAUGGUCAAACUUCGGCGCCAACCGUUCUUCAAGAAGUCGAUGUCGAGGUAAUACCGAACGACAAAUGUCAGAAGUGGUUCAGAGCAGCCGGUAGGAGAGAAACCAUUCACGAUGUAUUUCUCUGCGCAGGUUACAGACAAGGUGGACGAGAUUCUUGUCAGGGUGAUUCGGGUGGACCGCUCACAAUGUCCGUGGAAGGCAGACACGUUCUGAUCGGUUUGGUCUCUUGGGGCAUCGGUUGCGGUCGCGAACACCUACCCGGCGUAUAUACCAAUAUCCAGAAAUUCGUGCCCUGGAUCGAUAAAGUCAUGAGCUAAAACGGGGGAACCUCGGUUACUCCGAAGGAUGAGUCGCUUUACCCGAGAAAAAGAAGAAGAAGGAAGAGGAUAAGAGCGCGAAGUUACCAAAGUCCUAUCUCGUUUUUUUUUUUUUAAGACUUUUAUAAUCGUGCUCGA